CAGUAGCGUCACAAGUUGCGGUAGUGUUAUCAGUAAAUGUUUUGAUUUGCUGCUAUACACGUCAGACAGUAUGAAUAAUGUUUUUGUGAUACUGUUUUUGUUCGUUACAUUAUUAGAUAUUGGAUGCUGUACGCAAAGAAUUUUACGAUCAUGGGUGAAUCCUGACUGUGGCACGAUAUGUAAAGACAAAAAUUUAACAACAGUUUAUUUAAGAGCUGAUGGUCCCAAUGACACUUUGCAUUAUCUAUGGGAUUUUGAUGGUAAUCCAUCUGUGCUGUUAGCACUUACUUCACCUUCAGCUUCUUUGAACAUAAGUUGGGAACAUUUUCUUGCAAAAAGAAAAGAUUCUAUAGUAUUUACAGAAGAACCUGUUUAUACCUUUGGAGUAAUAUUAAAUAAGAUUAUAGAAUUCAACGAUAUAAAUGAUACAGCUUUCAUAAAUAUUGCUAAUCUUGUAAAUACAAAUACUUUAUAUCCUAUGUUUUUCCAAUGGGAGCGUAAGACUUUAAUACAAAAUACUGAAUUUGUUAAUUUAAACAUGGAGGGCAACUACUUUCUACUUAUGUUUUAGUUAAAAGGCUUCUGUUCCCUUGAUCAUUCAGAAAUUAUGCCUUACAUGUUACAUACUGAAAACUCCACUCAAGUUGAUAUUAUUCUUGAUAAUAUAGAAACCAAUAAAAGCUUUAAUCGUAGCAGAUUUGCUAUUGAAUUAUUGGUAGUAGGUGGGGGAAAUCCAAAUAUUCCAAUGCUUGUUAAUCCAAAAAAGACUGUAGACGAUGAACAUACACCUGGCAUAUUUGAAGUUAUUGAAGCCAGAACACCACCUUACAAAAGUAUGGACAAUUACAGAACUGAAGGAGCUUAUUUGCAAUGGAGACCAGUUUCUUACACAAGUGUAAUACGCGAUGUAACAAAUUCUACAGAAACAAUACAAUAUCCACCAUUGAAAGUAUCUAAUCACACCAGUGCUAUCAGAAAUUCUAUGUUAUACUGCUAUUAUGGAGAUAAGGUUGAUGAUAUGCUUACACAAAGAAUUAUUGUAUCAUUAGGAACAACAGGAGAUGGUUUUUAUAAGAGAACACAUUAUUCAACAUGGACGUUUUUGAUCGGUUAUGGUACACCGCCUACUGAGCACUUUUCUUAUUUGGUAAUUAUGAUUAUUUCAAUUGGUCUUGGCCUUCCAUUAAUUAUUAUGUUAGCAAUCGGUUCAUACUUUUGUAUUUGUAAAUUGUCGAAACGAAAUAGCGAGGCGUAUUUAAAUCAAUGAUAUUAGUUGUAAGUUGAUCGUACGAAAUUUUUAAUUACAUGAGUGACGUUUGAUAGAAAUUCAUGCACGUUUAGUUGCAUCGUCGAGAAAAUCACCGUUAAAUUUUACAAAGAGAAUUUCAUAUAUUUAUAUAUAGCACAUAUAUUUUUUACACGUAUUUCCAAGUUGAUACACGAAUCAAUUUAAAGUAAA